AGUUAUAGUUAUCCCUUCCUUUAUCCAUUAGCAUUAAUUGUUGGCUUUUUGUAAAUUGUAAGUUUUAAGGCAGCCAGAAGAAUUAAAUAAUGAUAGAAGCAGUUAAAAAUUUUAUUAACUAUUGGUACUUCAGAUACCUUUUAGUUACCGAACUUUAUAUGGUUGAAAAAUGGGAAAGAACCAUGUUUCAUAUUGUAAUGCUGGCUAUUUUGUCCGUCCUUUGUUUAUUCAAUGUUACAGUGAUUCUAGGAUUGGUUAAAAUCGUUACCAACACAGGACCUUAUGGAGAUUUAUUAAAAGUAGAAGAUAAUUUAAUACUAAAAGCAGUACCAAAUGUAUAACAUAUAUUUUGAUUAUUUACAUAAUUUGACACCAUGCUAUAAUAAAAAUAUUUAGGGACAUGUU